AUGACUAAUACGACUGAGAAGUUUUUUGCCGAAGUGGAUACUUUAUAUAAUUCUCGAGAUAAAGCAAGAAGGGAGCAGGCUGACUCUUGGCUACAAGCUUUUCAGAAGACGUCGGAAGCUUGGGCAAUAUCAAAUCAAGUAUUAAGAUCUCCCCAACUAACACCUGAAUCGGAAGCAGCGCGUCAUUUUGCGGCAGAACUACUCUACCAAUACCGUUCCGGUCCUCGAUUGAUUGUCACACAAUUAUGUCUUUCCUUGGCGUGUCUAGCUCUUCAAAUGCCUGAAUGGCAAAAUGUUUUACAUCAGUUUACAGAAUUAUAUGGUAAGAACCAAGAAACUGUAAAUUGUUUGCUCGAGUUUCUUAAAGUAUUACCAGAAGAGAUCAACACAAAUAAUCGGAUACCUAUAUUGGAUGAAGAUUAUCGCGUGCGAUCCAAGCAAUUGUUGACCGAUAAUUCAAACGAAGUAUUACAAAUCCUUUUGGUUUAUUUACAAAAUUCGGGUACAAAUACUGAUUAUCAAAAAAAGGUGUUUGAAUGUUUUCAUAGUUGGUUACAGUCUGGCGAUAUUGCAAUAAGUUCUUUGAAGAAUAAUCCAUUUUUAGGUCUUUCAUUUGAUGCUUUACAAUCAGAUGAUUUGUAUGAUAUUGCGGUGGAUGUUGUAUGUGAAAUAAUUUUUGAAACGCAGGAGAUUCCUGAAUCAAUGCCAGUAAUUGAGCAAAUAUAUCCGCGGUUAUUGCCUUUAAGGGAGGCGUUAAAAAGAGCGAUGGAUGAAGAUAAUGAAGACAGAGUGCGAGGAUAUUGUAGGAUAUUCACGCAUGCCGGUGAAUCAUAUUUAGAUCUUAUAGUACAACAUGCUGAUGAUUUCAGAAGUAUUGUAGAAAGCAUAGUUGAAUGUACUGCCUAUCACGAUACAGAAAUAGUUAGGAUAACCUUUUAUUUCUGGCAUCGUUUAGCUGACACAUUGUAUCAACCACGCCAUGCGAACAUUAAAGAUAAAUUUAAGGAUAUAUAUUCAAAUUUGGUUGAUAUCAUGAUCAAACAUUUACAUUAUCCCAAAGAUCUUACAACUUGGUCGGCCGAGAAACGCGAUGAAUUUCGUGAAUUUCGGCAUGUAAUGGGUGAUGUUCUUAAAGAUAGCUGUCUCAUUUCUGGAUCUGCGGAGUGCCUAUCAAAACCAUUUACUACUCUAGCAAGACAACUUGCAAAUUCGGUAAACGGGACUGUAGAUUGGCAAGAAAUUGAAGCGCCACUGUUCUCUUUGCGAGCUAUGGGGUCAGAAGUGGAGGAUGAAGAAGAUGUUUAUUUACCACAAAUUAUGCAACUUUUGCAACAGUUGCCAGAUCAUCCAAAAAUUCGUUAUGCGGCUACUUUAGUGAUAUCUAGAUAUUCUUAUUGGACAAGGCAUCAUCCACAAUUCAUUCCAUAUCAAUUGAAUUUUAUUUCCUCCGGAUUUGAUAAUGAAGAAGUGUCUGCUGCUGCUGCAUUGGCAUUGAAAUACCUAUGCAAAGACUGUAGUGAGUUGCUGAUUGAAUAUCUUCCACAACUUCAUCAUUUCUAUUUCAAUGUUACAAAUACGCUUCAUGGAAUAGAUUUAUUUGAAGUAACAGAGGCAGUUUCCCAUGUCGUUGCAGCUGUUCGUCCAGCGGAAUUAUUGGAAGCAUUACAAAUGUUUUGUCUUCCAAUCGCACGGUACUUGCAUGAAUUUGCCAAUAAAGGUUCUGCUGCUACCGACAAGGAAAUUAGGGAUGCUUGUGGUGAGCAAUUAUCAAGUGAUAAACUUGAACAGUUUUCAAUAAUUAUAAGAGUCAUUGCUGAUUCCAGAAAAGAGACCAACACGAUAGAUGUAAAUUCUGGUCUAGUUCAUCCUUGUAUUACCAUUAUAAAAGAUUUAUGGCCUGUGUUUGAUUUACUUUUAGUACAGUUUGGUUCUGAUUCUCAUCUAUCAGAGAUUCUUUGUAAAUGCUUUAAAUAUUGUGUCGUGUUUUAUCGAAUUUCUUUUAGGCCACUGCUUCCUGACCUGAUGGAGCGUUUGGUUACAGUAUUUGGUCAAACACAUUUGAGUUGCUAUUUAUGGGUUGCAACUAAGUGUGUUCAGGAAUAUUCAGAUGAUGAAGGGACCGAAAUGACGAUGGCAAUGAUAUCGUUUGUCGAAAGAUUAAGCGUAACGAUGUUUAGUCUUUUAAAUGGAAAAAAAUCUGCCGAAAUUCCGGAUGUAAUUGAAGAUUAUUUCCGUCUUAACAUUGCGUUAUUCGAGAGCACACCUAUCACCUUUUCACAAUCGGCCGUUUUUCUAUCAGUUUUUCAAGCUGGACUUACAUGCCUAACAAUUCAACAACAUGAUGCAUUAUUUUCUAUCAUUGUAUUUUUUCAUAAGUUGCUUAAUUUUAGAGCGAAUCCAAAACAGAAACAAAAACAGAAACAUUCACCUGGUACACCAACUGUUCCUAUUACAUCUACGUCAGCUACAGAAGCUACUUUGAAUGCAGCUUUAUCGAUCCAUGAUUCGUUAUGGAAACAAUAUGUUACAUCAUUCCUUGAAAAUAUAUUCAAAGGACUCAUGUAUACAUUUCCGAGAGAUAUUCAACAUAUUGAAAUUCAUGAAAUAUUGAUGUUUUUGUCUAAAAUAUAUCCAUUGGAAUGUCAACAACGGAUAUCAGAGAUCAUUCAAAACAUACAAGAUUCGAAUUUAACAUCGGAAGCAAAGAAUGGUUUUAUAAGGGAUUACAAUUCAGCAAUACGAGGACAAGAUUGGAGUAGACUACGACGAAUCUCCAAUGAUUUUAUCGCUGUCUUUAGGCGGAGAUAUCUAGCUUCUAGGCAACGUCGGGAUAAUGAAUAA